UUUUAACAAUACAUUGUUUGGUUGUUGAGAUUCUACUUUAUGCAUUGAUUUACAAAAAGUUACUUUUAUAGGGAAAUGUCACAUUUACCCCCAACUUUUAGAAUAAGACAAAAACUUUUAGGAAUAUGAAUGGAAAGAAAAAAUUGACACAAAUCUAAAACAAACAAUCACAACAAUCACAACUUUUAGUUGAGAUUGUAUAAUGCAUCAUUUUUUUGUGAUUGUUGGUGGAACCUACCUAAAACAAUGCGUUGUUUUACACUUUGACACUUCCAAACAUUGUAUUGUGCACAAUACAUGUAUUCAACAAACACAAUUCUAACAAUCACAAUUUCCAAACAAUCCCUAAAAUUAGGGUUGAAGUACUCCAAUAAAACUCAAAACCAGUUCCUUCCCCGCCGGCUCCCAAUCUUGUUGCCGGAGUUGCUGCCCAGCUUACCGCUCGUUGGCCUCUCUCUCUCUCUCAUUGCCUGCCAAUUUGGCGGCGGCGGAAUCCUUCACUUUCCAGCUCCGCUGUUGCGGAUUCAUCAAAUUUCAGUCCGGUCCAGCUCCAGUGAACUGAUAAUCGAGUCUGGAGUCUCUGCACCGAUUAGUUUUCUCUUAAAUGGAAAAUGUAAUGGUGGGAAGCCGUUUUCACGGUUGUUAGUCGAUUUCGCAAUCAACCUCUAGAAUGAAACUUGUCUGAGGGUUGGAAUAGCGUUUCCCUCGGUUUGAGGUAGAAGGAAAUCUUGAAUCCCUAGCCCAGAAAGAAAGAAUCAUGAACAACAGUGAGAAGAAGCGGAGGAACGGUGAAGCAGAAGAAGAGAAUGAAGAAGAUGUUGAAGAUGAAGGGCGUGAUGCGUGGGAGAGGACAUACACAGACGAGAGAUCAUGGGAGGCAUUGGAAGAGGACGAGUCAGGACUGCUUCAACCUAUUGAUAACAAGGCAAUCUACCAUUCUCAGUAUCGUAGACGCCUUCAAUCUCUUUCAGCCACGUCCGCUGCAUCAAGGAUCCAAAAGGGGCUCAUUCGGUUUCUCUGCGUCGUGGUCGAUCUUUCCAAGGCAGCUGGAGAGAUGGAUUUCAAACCCAGUCGGAUGGCUGUGAUUGCAAAACAUGUUGAGACUUUCAUUAGGGAGUUUUUCGACCAGAACCCACUUAGUCAGAUUGGUCUGGUGAUUAUAAAAGAUGGGGUAGCUCAAUCUUUGACUGAACUUGGUGGGAGUCCAGAGGCCCAUAUUAAGGCCUUGAUGGUUAAGCUAGGUUGUGCAGGGGACUCGUCACUCCAGAAUGCUCUCGAACUUGUCCAUGACACUCUCCAUAAAAUCCCAUCAUAUGGUCACCGUGAAGUUCUCAUCUUGUAUUCUGCACUCUCAACCUGUGAUCCGGGUGAUAUAAUGGAGACUAUCCAGAAAUGCAAGAAGGCUAAACUGAGGUGCUCGGUUAUUGGCCUCUCUGCUGAAAUGUUUGUGUGCAAACAUCUUUGCCAGGAAACUGGUGGAUCAUACAUGGUUGCCUUGGAUGAGGGUCACUUCAAAGAGCUCUUACUAGAGCAUGCACCACCUCCUCCUGCCCUUGCUGAAUUUGCCAUUGCGAACUUGAUCAAGAUGGGUUUCCCACAAAGAGCCGCAGAAGGUUCUAUAGCAAUCUGCUCCUGCCACAGAGAAGCUAAAGUAGGUGAAGGGUAUAUAUGUCCAAGAUGCAAAGCCCGUGUAUGUGAACUGCCCACAGAAUGUCGUUUCUGUGGAUUGACACUUGUCUCAUCACCCCAUCUAGCUAGAUCUUAUCAUCAUCUUUUCCCAAUCGAGCCAUUCACCGAGGUAUCUGCACGUCAAUUGGAAUUGAGCAGAGUUGCUUCCAAAACUUGCUUCAGUUGUCGAGAGAGCCUUCUCACUCCUGGUACUAACAAGGCUGGCCCUUGUGCGGCUUGUACAAAGUGCAAGCAGUAUUUCUGCCUUGAUUGUGACAUUUAUAUUCACGAGAGCUUGCACAACUGCCCUGGCUGCGAGAGCCGAAGAAUUACCCCAGCGGCUGCCUCUGCUACUAUGAGUUGAUAAACUUGUGCAUAUUCUCAUUCCAGGACUUCCAGUUAUAGUGGGUUCUCGAUACAUUGAGAAGGUAGAGUUGUAAGGUAACCUAGUUGAAUUCAUGCAAAGAAUUUUUCCUUAUAUUGAUGUUUACUUCUAUAUGAAUUAUGAAAAGGAAGUAACUUUUCUUUGGUUUACAAGUCAAGGGUGUUUUAGCUAGAAGUGUCUUUUUGGUUUGGGCUUGAAGACCCUGUAUUGCUUUCAACCAAUGU